UCGGCGGUGACAUGCGUCUUGCCCCGCAGCCAAGCGCGCAACCCUUGCGGCUCAUAAUUCUGCUCCUCGUCGCCACCGGCGUGACCGCGUCCCCGGUGAUCUCCACUGGCUGCCCGGACAGGUGCGUGUGCGAUGACCAGCUGGUGGUUCAAUGCGCUGGCCAACAUCUGACCGCCUUCCCGGUCAACUUGCCGCUGGCCACGCGGCAGCUCAUCAUCUCCAACAAUCUCAUCGUGGAGCUUCCGCCGCUGUCGCUCAACUACCUCUCUGACCUGGUCUACCUGGACUGCAGCAACAACUCCCUCACGGAAAUAUCCGAGUCCACGUUCGGAAAUCUACGCAAGCUGGCCUACCUGGACCUCUCUUUCAACACCCUGACCCGGAUCGAGGACCGGACGUUCGGGCCCCUCGCCAGUCUGGUAAUGCUGAGGAUGACGGACAACCCGGGGCUCUCGGAGAUUCACCCUGACGCCUUCACGGAAAACGCGGCUCUUCAGGUUCUGGAUGUGAGCCGGAACAACCUGACGGUGGUGAACAUCACCUCUCUGCUCGCGCUGCCCGCCCUGCGCUCUUUGGGACUGAGCGGGAACCCGUGGAGUUGUGAGUGCGAAAAUGAGGACCUGUGUCUGUGGGUCCACCUGGAGGGCUUCAAGUUCCAAGAUGAGGGCCAGACAGUGUGCGGCUCCCCUGCAGACAUGCAGGGCCGUCGUCUAGGCGAGGUGGGCAUCCAGCUACGGACGUUAUGUCACCAGACUCUGGGCUCGUGGGACUACCUCUUCUUUGUCGUGAUUGGCUUUGUCAUCUUUGCCGCCGGCACCGUGUCUGCCUGGGUGAUGGGCGUCAUCAUGGUGCUCUACGAGCGUUACGUCAAGAAGAAAGACGGACAGCUCGACGUCGGCGAAGAGGAGGACGACGCCAGCGAGACCGGUCGUACCUCGGGGGCCAGGCGUGACCAUGGCAACGGGAAUUUAAAAACCCCACAUGAUGUUUGAGACAUUAGACGUUACCCUGCUCGCUAUGGAUACCCACAGUGCCUCCUGUCAACUUCCAGGACUGUCUGUGAAGCGUAAUGAGACUAAAGUGAGUCUGUUUAACAGGCUCUGCUCUGAAAGAGAAAAGACAGAACUCAUCUGAUGUGGGGAGAAUCAUUCGACUCAUUUGUAGUGGCUUUCAGGUGAUGUAACACUCACUCUGGCUGCCGGAGUGGAGGUCUACGUGACAUUUGAGUGGGAAAUUGGUCAUCCCUGCUGAAAAAACACUCCAUUAUUAAAGGUGGUUAUCGUUUACCACUGGAUAUUCUGAACACAAGCCAGUUUUGGUUCAUGUACCAGCAACAGAGCUUCAUGAAAUACACUUUCUUGUCGAGAGGAAAAUGAAAAGAUGAAGAUGUGUGUGUAUAUGGUGAAACAGCUGUUCCUCAGCGUUAGGGUUCAGUAUGUAAGAAUGAGUGGUGUCUAGUCUAUGCAUCGUAGCUUUUAAAAAGCCUCCAAAAAGCAAGAACCUUGUCUAAAGUACUAAUAAAAUGCUUAUUCUAAGGCUACAGAAACUAAACAAUUUCUAUUUUACAGCGAUUAUACACUCAUUCAGACAUACUAGACGUAAUAGUGUUUUGAAUUUCUGCCAUAACCCCCCGCCUAAAUGUUCCACACUGGACCAGAAUCU